AUGCUGGUUCUAUCCAGCUUUUGGAUACCCAUUUCAGAUGCAGCCCCUCCAACCGCACGAGACUUACAGCCCAGGGCACAAAUCGCGAACGGUGCUGAGUUGAGGGUUCUUCCUAUAGGAGAUUCCAUCACCUGGGGCGCCCAGAGUUCAGAUGAGAAUGGAUAUCGCAAGAGACUCUUCGGCUUGCUGGAAGGUCGGGGAAACGCAGUCGACUUUGUAGGGAACGUCACUUCUGGAGACAUGGCUGAUGAUGAACACGAGGGACAUCGCGGCUAUGUCAUCAAUGACAUUCACCUCUACAGUCAGCUCGGCAUUCACUCAGGUGCGAACGUUGUCCUGCUUCACGCUGGAACCAACGACUUCGUACACGUCAAGAUCUAUGGCAACCCUGAAGGCGCCCCAAAACGCCUCGAAUACCUGAUCGAUGACAUUAUUAAGUACUCACCCGAGACGGUCGUCAUUGUCUGCCAGAUCAUCAAUGCGGAUCCGAAAAGAUAUGCGACGGCGGCGCCGCUCAUUGAGACGUUCAACAAGGCCAUUCCUGACUUGGUGGACAAAUAUGUCGCAGCUGGGAAGAAGAUGCUCAUGGUCGAGAUGAACAAAGUGCUUUCCCUCUCUGACUUGGCUGAUGGUCUUCAUCCCAAUGACGGCGGGUAUCGUAAAAUGGCUGAUGCGUACUACGACGCGAUUCUGUUAGCGGACAAGAAGGGUUGGAUCAAGGAGCCUGGAGAGCGUACCAAUGUCCCUCACCUGCCAGAUGCAACAGGCCCGGAGAACUGCAAGUCCACGCCGUCUUGGUACCGAGUUGGCGAGAUCGCCACCGGUGCAAAAGUGGCAACCUCUGAUGGCCCCUUCAACCCCGUAUGGGUUAAGCGUGGCGUGGUCGCCGAGGGUGCUUGUCCCCGUGCUCGUCUUCACUUUAUGGAUCUGGACGGCGACGGGCUGAAGGAUUAUGCCUGCGUCGACCCCAAGACGGGUGGUGUUAAGGUUCAUAUCAACAUUCCUGACGCCGACGGCAAGACUUCUGGAUACUGGAAGACGCCAAAGACUGUUGUGACGCCGAUGGAAGCCCGUGAUGGAUAUGGAGUUAUUCUGAAUGGAGAUGGCAGAGAUGACUAUAUCUAUCUUGAUCCCAAAACAGGAGACGUCUCUGGCUGGAUUAACCGACUUGAGAAAGAUGGCGUUUGGCAGUGGCAGGCACUUGGUCGAAUUGCCGGAGGAGUCGGCGCCACGAACGAUACCCUUCAGAUGGUUGACAUUGACGGUGAUGGACGAGAUGACUUCUGUCUCGUCAGCAAAAAGACAGGUGAGGUGACGGCUUGGUUGAACACGGGUGCAUCCAUCAUGCCAGACUAUCAUAAGAUCGGCAUUAUCGCUACCGGAGCUUCUCAGUCCGAUGGUGAUACAGUUAUCUUGGGUGAUCUGACAGGCGAGGGUCGAGCCGAUUACAUGAUGGUCGGCGUUGGCGGCAAGGUGAAUGGACUCAUCAACCGUCGGCAAGAGACAUCGAUGGUUCCCCGAUGGUCGCAACUCUUCAACGUCGCCGAGGGCCCUGAUGGCGCAAGAUCAGACCAAGUAAGGUUAGUCGAUAUGACAGGCGACGGCAAGGUGGACUACCUACUUGUUGAUGAGAAGACCGGCAAAGUCACGCUCUGGGAAAACCGUGGCACCGGAGGAAAGUAUCAACCAGGAGACGGCGUGUUUCUUUGCGACUUGGAUGGUGAUGGCACCAGCGACUACUUCUGGAUCGACCACACCGGCAAGGGCUGGGGCUAUCUGAACACGGGAAAGGGUGAGAAUAAAUGGAACGACCUAGGCCUCACGGCCAAGGGGGAUCACCCGAGGGACCAAAUCCGGAUGGCAGUGUUGACUAAGAGCGGCCGUGCCGACUAUGUUGUCGUGGAUGAAGACACGGGAAGAGCCGACUGGUUCGAGAACCUGGGUAAAGAGGGUGGUUGGGCAUGGAGGGCUCGUGGAGAGUUUGCUGCAGGACCUAAGAACACCGUUGAGACCAAGUUCGGCAUGACUUUCAAAGGGAAGAAUGUCCGGUUUGCAGACCUGGACGGCGAUGGCUUGGACGACUACCUCUACGUCAGCGACACGGGAUCUGUUGUCAUGUGGCGACAUCUAGGAACUAACCCUCCAUCCUGGGGUAUCCCCUAUCUGGUCGCUGAUGGAGUGGAUGUCCUAGCUCAGGAUGUUCAGUUUGCUGACACUAACGGUGACGGUCGCUUGGACUACGUGGUUGUCGGCCGCACGACCGGCCGCACCCGGUCCUGGCACCAUCUCGGCUUUCGAGACGACGGAUCCAUUCGCUGGAACACUCCCCUAAGCUUUGCCGAUGGAGUGGGUUCUGUUGGGUCUGCUAUCAGAAUGACUGGCGAUCGCCGUGCAGACUAUGUUUCUAUCGACCCUGACACCGGAAGACUGAACCUCUGGCAUAAUCGCUGCUGGCCAAAUGGUUCGGGUGGUGGCGGUGAUGACAAUGAUGAUGGGGACAGUGAGCCUGGCAGCACCACUGUCAAGUCAGCAACCGCUGUGUACCUCGACCCCAAGGUCUGGCAGACUCCACAGGUCAAGUGCGAGCCGCCAUGCAUCCUAGUGUUCCCUCCCAGCUCCUUAUCUUCGGCGACGACCAUCAGCAUCGGGGAGUACACCACCUCAUUAGAGUACGGAGCCAUGGGCAAGACGACCGUCAGUGGCAAAGAAGUGACUGCAUUCAUCAGGACGACAACCAAGAUCACCGUCACCAUCCCACCCAUCACUGUCAGCUCCAUGACAUACUCAAACAUCGAAAUUACCAGAACCCAGCAAACCUCCAAGCUUACAGUCAACCCCAGCAUAACCCUCAAGCCUAUUCCAGUCAAGGUUCCGGAUGGCAAUGGGAAGACGACGACACGUACGAUUACGCCUCCGCCGUGGCCUGCCAUCACAGGAAAGGGCUCAUCAGAUUAUGAUGAUGACGAUGACUUACCUAGCUUACCUCCUGAUGAGUAUACCACGACUGAGAAGGCGCGUUUCCAGACCACAAAGACAGACCUGCCUACGUGGACGACGUGGCCGCCGCGUGUUAUUACACCCAUUCCUGAGCACGUCGACAAGAUGGAGCCCGGCGACAAGGGGACAAAGACGCCCUGCAACCUCUGGUUCUUCUCCAUUUGUAUCAACCGGGGCAACACCAAGAUCGGAGGUCUCCGCUGGGUCCUCCCCCCUGGGGUCUAUCCACCUGGCCCGCCUCCUCGGCACAUCAUUGAACAGCUGCCUGACCCAGGAUGGAAGAUCAAGCCCCCAUUGCCACCUUGGCCGCCGAUCACUGUUAGUCACGACGGCAAGAUCACUUACCCGGAAGAGCCUGAAUGCGAAGCAGAGUCGGCCUCACUGUGCUCGACCACGACGUUCCGCUCCGAGACCAUACAAGGACCCUCCACUUCAACAGUCACUAGGGUGUCUUCGGACUGCGAGACCAUCUACGGCUGUUCCGCAACCGACUGGGAGACGGUCACGCAGACAUACGCCUCGGUCUGUCCGCUGCCGACCAAGAAAUCCAAGCGUGACCCGGAUGAACCCAAACUGCAAGCGCGCGAUUCAAGGUCUCCAGGCUGCCCUGACAAUGCCAUCGUCUAUCCCAAAGAUCCCAAGAAUGUUGGCGAAGUCCCUAAACUGUUGAAAGAGUAUGAUUACAAAACUAUCAAGUCGACUACGCACAACUUUGUGGCCUUUUACUGGGUGCCCAUGCUCGACAACGUCACUAUGGCUGCUCUUGAAGACUCGGAUGACGUGGCGGAUGCUUUCUACUAUAAAGAUUGGAUUGACGAGGUCGGAUCCUUGGACGAUGAUCAAGCAUCCCUUGAAGCUCACGAAUCUGAUGAUGAUGUUAUUGAGGAUGAUGAUUUUGAUUCCACAUCAGAUGGCAAUGAUUCAACUUCAGAGCAGGGUUUUGUGACCAGGGGACAGCUGGAAAAGAGAGCACGAAUUAAGCAGAGGUCCAGGUACAGCUGGCACCUAUCCCAGGACUCUCUCCCGUACGGCAUGACGUGGAAGUCCCCUGAGAGCGACUCUUUCGAUGGAUCCCGAAACGAACCCUUCAACUACCACUACGACGACUUUCUCGCAUUCGAUCGAUAUGUUUACAUCAUCUUCGAGGUCGGAUACUGGGAAAGACACCCCGAAUUCACCAACGCACAAACUAUCGUCGAGCACAUCGAUAAACGCGAGAUCAUCGAAGACGGCAUUACCCCCGAAGGAAUUAUCAGGGUUGACCAUGGCACUUCAGUCGGUGCUAUGGUUAUGGGCGAAGAACUUGGUGUUUGCAAGAGCUGCACUCCUGUCUUUGUCACCUCGGUCGUCCCCGGCGCAAGCAUAGACGACCAGACGUUUCUGUUAGCAGAAAAGGUCAUAGUUCAGUUGACGAGAUCAUUAGAUGACAUUACCGACAAAGGCCGGGAGGGUAAGGCUUCCAUCAACAUGAGCUUCCGUUUCCAGCCGCACAAGAUCAGACCAGCCCAGAGACAAAGAAUGUUCAAGAUUCUGGAAUUACUCGAGACUGAAGGAAAGGCUCUCCUGGUCGCCGGGGCUGGUAAUGAUGGUUCCAAUACCCCCAUCGACGGCUACCCCACUUCGUUCGCAGGGACUGACACCACCUACGGACUUUUGAACAACAUGAUUGUGGUCGGGGCAAGCGAUAAAAACAACCAGCACGCCGUGUUCAGUCAGAGAGCCGACUUUGUGCGUGUCUAUGCGCCAGGACAAAAAGUCGUCGUCACAAAGCACCCUGACUCGAAAAGAUCAGGGUAUAAAUAUGGUAACGGGACUUCGUUCGCCGCUCCUCAGGUGGCAGCAUUGGCGGCGUACUUCAGAGCCCUGCCUUCGCCCUGGCAGGAUCAGCUGAGGGAGCCUGCCAAUGUCAAGAAGCUGAUCAUGAUCUUCCAGCGGACUAUUGCCGUCCCCGAUCAAGAAAAUUCAGGCCAGUUGUUGACGAUUUGGAAUGGCCAGGUCGGUCCAAAGUCAUGCUUGCGUGACUACGACACCAGAAAGGAAUGGGAUACGGACGGGAGAUGCCCGACCAUCAGCGAGAACCUCGACCAGAUCACCGAAGACCCAUGUAGGGAUGACGCUGGAGGGGUCACAUGGUGGGGAAGACUAUGUGCCAUUCUGGGGCCAGACUCAGGAGAUGGCAAUGGUGAUAGUGAUGGGUUCAGCAAGGCCGUUGACUGGACCCCUGGGGAGGAUUCGCCCAAGUGUCCUAGCGGCACCUGUGGUGGCAAGCUGUGCAAGGGAUACUACUGCACGCCCGAGCCAAAGGGGAACCCGCCAGACUUUUACGAUCCCAAGAAUCCAGACGCCCCGAAUCCCGGCACGUUGGAUCCCAAUAACCCCAGCCCAGAGCCCGGGUGGGACAAUGACGACGAUGACGAUGAUGAAGAACCAGCCGAGCCAUCUUCAGUCAAAUACAAAUUUAUGUGGUCCGCAAAUGGCUGCAAACAAGAAGCCAGCUCGGUUUCUGGCUUCACAACAAGUUCAUGCAAACGCCCGGAAACAGGAUCCUUUGUCCCCACAAGUGUCCAAGGCUUCACCCGAGACGGCAUGAAGGCAUGCUUCUACGCCAACAGUGGAUGCACCACUGAGUCCACGUCCGACUACGUCAUGUUCGCCGGCGGUGAUCGGGUCAGUGACGGGUCGUGCUUGGUCAUUCAAGACGGUAUGCAGAUACAGUCAUGGCAGGUCACCAAGGGCAACUGCUAG